GCGAGUGAGGUCGCUUUAAGGAAUAUCUGCGCUACCAUCGGUCCCAAACAGCAGGACGCCUCCUCCCUCCCCCAAUCCCACAGCAAAGUCGCUGUCACUCUCUGCCAUUGUGGCUCACCUGGUGCAAAAGCAAAUGUGACUCCAAGUCAACGCGAGAGGCUUCAUCUCGGUGCAGAGUGGCACUGCUGGAAAGCGCUGGCCUCACAGUUCUGAGGUCCCGGGUUCGAUCCCGGCCCUGGAUGGAUGGAUGGAUGGACUUGUGUCCAUUGGCCAAAAUGUCUCUGUUGGGAGUGUCAGUUUUGCCAUAUUUAAAGGAAAUGAGAGGAGCAGCUUUGAUUGGCGCUGAAUGAAGCCAGCUGUAAAAACUCCCACCGUGGUGAAGCCUGCCUACUAUCAGACCUACAAGAUUACCAACACCGUCCAGCAAACAGUUCCACUGUCCGGUGUGCUGGAUUUACGCAUGUCACGUGAAGAAAAUGAAGACUACUCUCAGAGAAAAAUAAUAAAACUCUCUAGAGAUCGCCAACAUCAUUCGUAAAAUAAUUCCAACAGAGUUCACCAAGCAGCCCCUGUGCAUUUAGAGUGAGCCCAACAUAAUGGAGCAACAGCCCAACAACAACUACAACCAAGCUUUGUGGAAAGAGAUUCCAUGGGAUUUCACAGAGGAUUGCUCGCUCUCGUUGAGUGGCACCACCUUCCUCAUUGUAGCAUACAGUGCCGUUCUAGCGGUUGGCCUCGUUGGUAACUCGUGCUUGGUGUUUGUUAUUGUCAGGCACAAGGAGAUGCGCAAUGUCACCAACAUCCUCAUCGCCAAUCUGUCCGUCUCGGACAUCCUGAUGUGCAUCGUGUGCUUGCCGGUCACUAUCAUCUACACGCUGAUGGACCGCUGGAUCCUCGGAGAGAGUCUGUGCAAGCUCACACCCUUCAUCCAAUGUAUAUCAGUCUCUGUGUCCAUCUUCUCCCUAGUUCUCAUUGCCAUGGAGCGCUACCAGCUCAUUGUCCACCCGACCGGAUGGAAACCGAUGGCAAGGCAGUCCUACUUAGCAGUGGCUCUCACCUGGAUCACAGCCUGUUUAAUCUCUGUCCCUUUCAUCAAGUACAGCAUCCUUACAUUGCCCUUCCAGAACCUCACCGUCCCCUUCCCGAUCAAUGACCAGCUUGUUUGUAUGGAGCAGUGGCCAUCGAUUCAAGCACGCCAGGCGUACACCACCUCCUUGCUCAUCUUCCAAUACUUCCUCCCCCUUUUCCUCAUCCUGCUGUGCUACCUGCACAUCUAUCUACGGCUGCGGAGGAGGAAGGACAUGGUGGAACGUGGCAGAAACACUACGCAAAAAAACAAAAAAGGCACCACAAGGAUCAACGUCUUGUUAACCGCCAUAGUGGUUGCCUUCGCCCUCUCCUGGCUCCCUCUCAACAUAUUCAACACAGUGUUUGACUGGAACCACGAGGUCAUUCCAUCCUGUGGCCAUAACAUCAUCUUCUCCUUCUGCCACCUCAUCGCUAUGGCCUCGACCUGUAUCAACCCGAUCAUUUAUGGAUUCCUCAACAACAACUUCCAGAAGCAGCUCAAGUCCACCUUGUUGCACUGUCGCUGCUGGGGUGUUGCAGAGAGGUAUGAAAGUGUGCCGCUUUCCACUGUUAGCACAGAGGUUACCAAGGGGUACGUCCUCAGCAAUGGUUCCAACAGCAUCAAUACUUAAAGUGAAGCCUUCUGGUAAAAAAAAAAAAUAAAGCAACUAGACUGGCUCCCUCCUUAGCUCCCCUUUGCUUUAUUCUUUUGAGGCUUUGUUUUUUUUUUCCCCCAAUAUAUAACAUGGUUGACAUUUACAGAGAACGUGACCAUAACUAUCCAGAGGGAAGUAAAGUCACGUCCCCGCCAUGACUGGUGCCCUCUAAUUGUUAUGGUCCCAGCCUAAGAGGAAGCGACAAAAUGACUGGACAAAGGUUGAAGAGGCUUUAAGUAAUAAAAGAUGACUGCAAGACACACUUCACAUAAAGAUCUGUGCUGUACAGUGCUAUUGGACCAUAAGAUAUUCAUUAUAAGCAUGUAGAAAAAAAAACCCAUCCACCUCAGAUGGUAUCUUUUCAUGCUGAAGUCAUUGUAUUUAAAUAUUUGCAGCUUGCUUUGAAAACUGUAAUUCCUUGAAUUGGAAACCUCAAUUGAAGUGACAAGGACUAGGUGGGUGUUCUGCAAAUGCUGACAGUAUUGAUGACUAUGAAACAGAGUGUGACCCAUGAUGUGUUAAUGAUUACUGACGGAGUAGCCUAUUACAUAGUUGAGGGGGGGAAAUACAUGAUGAUCUGGCUCUGGGCAUUUAUGUGCGUUAUCUUAAUGUGUUUCUUAUUACCUAAACUCACAAUGUAUUAAACCUCAUGAGCAGAGACAUUCCAUGUUCUCUACCAGGGUGUUUGCAUCAAUAUAUUGUGUGCAAAUUAGUGUAAGUUGCUAAUACACUGCACCAUCCAACAAUAUAUCAAGUGCCGUAAAAAAAAAAAAAAAAGUCAAAUGGGCAGUUCAGGCCAAAAUAUGAUUUCUAAGAUGUAUAUCACCCUUCUACAUGAAUGUAUGGCCUAUAGAAUAUGUGACCGUUCCAGUUUAUUGUGUAGUUGUCAAUAAAAAGCAUUGUGUAGCAUA